UUCGAACAUGUGAGCAUGCUGGUCAUCCUUCUGAACUGUGUAACCCUUGGAAUGUUCCAGCCUUGUGAGGACGUCAAGUGCCAGUCAGAUUGGUGCACCAUCCUGCAGGCAUUUGAUGACUUCAUUUUUGCCUUUUUUGCUGUGGAGAUGGUCAUCAAGAUGCUGGCUCUUGGGAUAUUUGGCCAGAAAUGUUACCUGGGUGACACUUGGAACCGUCUGGAUUUCUUCAUCGUCAUGGCGGGGAUGCUGGAGUACUCGCUGGACGGACACAACGUCAGCCUGUCGGCCAUCCGUACCGUGCGUGUGCUCAGACCCCUUCGGGCAAUCAACAGAGUUCCCAGUAUGAGGAUACUGGUCACUCUUCUGCUGGACACACUGCCUAUGUUAGGCAAUGUCCUUCUGCUCUGUUUCUUCGUCUUCUUUAUCUUCGGUAUCGUCGGAGUGCAGCUAUGGGCUGGCCUGCUGAGGAACAGGUGCUUCCUGGAAGACGAUUGGAAGAUGAUGCACAACUUUUCCUUCCUGAGCUCGUACUACAAGCACGAGGACGCCGAGGACAUCCCCUUCAUCUGCUCCUCCCACCGGGACAACGGCAUGCUGCACUGUCACGACCUACCCCCGCUGAAGGAGGCGGGGCAACAGUGCCAGCUCAGCGCGGACUUCGCCAGCCCCUCCCAUGGCACUCUGGAGGGUGCCAGUAAGAACGGCUGCAUCAACUGGAACCUGUACUACAACAUGUGCAGGGCUGGGGAGGUCAACCCCCACAAAGGGGCUAUUAACUUUGAUAACAUUGGGUACGCCUGGAUCGCUAUCUUCCAGGUGAUCACUCUGGAAGGAUGGGUGGACAUCAUGUAUUAUGUUAUGGAUGCACAUUCCUUUUACAAUUUUAUAUAUUUUAUAUUUCUAAUAAUAGUGGGCUCUUUCUUCAUGAUUAACCUUUGCCUGGUCGUGAUCGCCACCCAGUUCUCAGAGACUAAGCAGCGGGAAAACCAGCUGAUGCAGGAGCAGCGCGAACGCUUCCUGUCCAACGACAGCACGCUGGCCAGCUUCUCGGAGCCGGGCAGCUGCUAUGAGGAGAUGCUGAAGUAUAUCAGCCACCUGUACCGCAAGGUGAAGCGCAGGGUGUCGCGUGCAUACAGGAGCUGGGAGAGCAAGCGCAGGAAGAAGGUGGACCCCAGCAGUGGGGGGACGGGUAGUGGCCCCGCCGGGGGUGCAAACGGCUGUGGCAGGAGACAGAGUGAUGAGCGCCGCAUGCGCUACAUCCAGCACCUGGUCCACCAUCACCAUCACCACCACCAUCACUACCACAUCAGUAACGGCGGCCCAGCCGGGGGUGGGACUGAGAUCGGCGAUAUGCUGGAGAUGAAGGCCUUAAGGCCCCCGCCCCAGCUUGCGCUGCCCUCCCCCUCGGCCGAGUCGGUGCACAGUGUCUACCACAACGACUGUCACCACCAGAGGGCGCGUCUCCAACAGCCGUCCACCGGAAUCAUUGGGAACCUGCAGCUACUGAGUGAGCUCAAUGGGGGCAUGAACUACCCAACCAUCAUGCCGUCCAUCUGCAGCCGGCCAAGCGCCACCACCAGGGCUAAGAAGGCGUCUGGCCACACCCUGACCCUGAGCAAGGCAUCUGCACAUCUGAACAUCCCCGACCCCUACGGCAAGCUGAGCCAGCUGGUGGGGGAUCGCGCAGGCAUGUGCCAGGCCAGAAGCUGCCUCUCAGGCCUCAAUCUGCCCUUUCAAACAUCGGGCGGCCUGCCGAGCCACCUGUCCUGCGAGUUGAUGAGCUGCCCUCGCUGCGCCCGCAUCCUGGAAAACCCCGACUUGGACCUGAGUGACUCGGACAGCGCCGGCUCCGACGGCGAGGUGGUGUAUGAGUUCACUCGUGACGGCCGGCAUGGGCAGGAGAGCAAGCCUGGCCGGCACCACCGCUCCCCACGGAAGCACAGGCAGAAGAAUUGUCUGUCGCGGCGCUGCGACCACUUCCAGGAGAAGCUGAAGAGGAUCGUGGAAAGCAAGUACUUCAAUCGUGGGAUAAUGAUCGCCAUUCUCAUCAACACCCUGAGCAUGGGCAUCGAGUAUCACGAGCAGCCCGACGAGCUCACGGACGUCCUAGAGAUCAGCAACAUCGUCUUCACCAGCAUGUUUGCCCUGGAAAUGCUCCUCAAGCUACUCGCCUUUGGGCUCUUCGGCUACAUCCGCAAUCCCUAUAAUAUCUUCGAUGGGAUCAUCGUCGUCAUCAGCGUCUGGGAGAUCAUCGGCCAGUCGGACGGGGGCCUGUCCGUGCUACGCACCUUCCGGCUGCUGCGGGUCCUUAAGCUGGUCCGUUUCCUACCGGCUCUCCGGAGGCAGCUGGUGGUACUGAUGAAGACCAUGGACAAUGUGGCCACCUUCUGCAUGUUGCUCAUGCUCUUCAUCUUCAUCUUCAGCAUUCUGGGGAUGCAUCUGUUCGGGUGCAAGUUCAGCCUGAAGAUGGAAAAUGGAGACACCAUCCCAGACAGGAAGAACUUUGACUCCUUGCUGUGGGCCAUCGUCACCGUCUUUCAGAUCCUGACCCAGGAGGACUGGAACAUGGUACUGUAUAACGGCAUGGCAUCCACAUCCCCCUGGGCGGCCCUCUACUUCGUGGCCCUGAUGACGUUCGGCAACUACGUGCUCUUCAACCUGCUGGUGGCCAUCCUGGUGGAGGGCUUCCAGGCCGAGGGAGAUGCCAACAGGUCAGAGAUGGAGGACGACAAGAUGUCGCUGCACUUGGAGGAGGAGGAGAAGCUGCACACUGCAGAGCUGAAAAUCCACUCGCUGAUGGUGACACAGAACGGGCACCUGGACCCGCGGGCCAGCAUGCCCCCGCCCGUCAUCAUGCGCACGGCGGCCACCCCCAUGCCCACGCCCAGGCCGUACGCCGACCCUGUCCACGCCUUCUGCGAGUCCCGCCGUGGCAGCAGCUGCUCCAUGGAGCCUGGGGCUGCCGACCUGAAGUCGCCGUCCAGUCACCGGAGCUCCCCCUGCCCCCCGUGGGGGGCAACAAGCAACUGGGGCAGCCGGCGUUCCAGUUGGGCCAGUCUGGGCCGGGGGCCUAGCCUCAAGCGGAGGGAUCCGUCUGGGGAGCGGGAAUCUCUACUGUCGGGUGAUGGCCAUGGCAGCCUGGAGGACGAUGACUCAGACGGGGGCGACUCCAGCCGCACAGGCAGCGUGAGUGGGGGGUCGCCGCGCCCCCGCAUCGACUCGCUGGACCUGCCCGAGCUGCUGCAGGUCUCUGUGGCCCGACACACAGUCGACCACCACGACUGCAACGGCAAGAGCCUGCGCUCUGCCCCCGACUUUCUGUGCCCUGCUCUGGGGAGGGACGAGCCUGACUAUGAGGAUGACGGCGAUGUGGAGGAGAGUUUGUGUUACCGAAUCAAGAAGAUACUGGACCCCUACAAACCGCAGUGGUGCCGAGAUCAUGAGGACUGGGCCCUGUACCUGUUCUCCCCCCAGAAUGAGUUUCGCAUAACGUGUCAGAAGGUCAUUGCCCAUAAGAUGUUCGACCAUAUUGUACUGGUGUUCAUCUUCCUCAACUGCAUCACCAUUGCCUUGGAGAGGCCGGACAUUCUCCCCAGCAGCACGGAGCGAGUCUUUCUCAGUGUCUCCAAUUACAUCUUCACCGCCAUCUUUGUGGCCGAAAUGACCGUAAAGGUGGUGGCCCUGGGCUUCUACAUAGGGCAGAACUGUUACCUACAGAGCAGCUGGAACGUGCUGGAUGGGAUGCUGGUCUUUGUCUCCAUCGUGGAUAUCGUCGUGUCCCUGGCGUCUGCCGGUGGGAACAGGAUCCUAGGAAUCCUGAGGGUGCUGAGACUGCUAAGGACCCUGCGGCCCCUAAGGGUGAUCAGCCGGGCUCCGGGCCUGAAGCUGGUGGUGGAGACCCUCAUCACAUCCCUGAGACCCAUCGGCAACAUCGUGCUCAUCUGCUGCGCAUUCUUCAUCGUCUUCGGGAUCUUGGGGGUGCAGCUUUUCAAAGGGAAGUUCUACCACUGCGAGGGAUUCGACACCAGGAACAUCACCAACAAGUCCGACUGUCUGCAGGCCAACUUCCGCUGGAUACGGAGGAAGUACAACUUCGACAACCUGGGACAGGCCCUCAUGUCACUGUUUGUCCUGUCCUCCAAGGACGGCUGGGUCAACAUCAUGUACGAUGGCUUGGAUGCCGUGGGAGUUGACCAGCAGCCGGUGAGGAAUCACAACCCCUGGAUGCUGCUCUACUUCAUCUCCUUCCUGCUCAUCGUCAGCUUCUUCGUGCUCAACAUGUUCGUGGGCGUGGUGGUGGAGAACUUCCACAAGUGCCGGCAGCACCAGGAGGCGGAAGAGGCCCGGCUGCGCGAGGAGAAGCGGAUGAAGCGGAUGGAGAAAAGGCGCCGGAAGGCCCAGCAGCGGCCCUACUUCGCCGACUACUCCCCUGCCCGACUCUACAUCCACACGCUGUGCACCAACCACUACCUGGACCUCUUCAUAACCUGCAUCAUAUGCAUCAAUGUGGUCACCAUGUCCAUGGAGCACUACAACCAGCCCAAGUACCUGGAGGAGGUCCUGAAGUACUGCAACUACGUCUUCACCAUCGUAUUCGUCUUGGAGGCACUGCUCAAGCUCGUGGCCUUCGGCUUCCGCCGCUUCUUCAAAGAGAGAUGGAACCAGCUGGACCUGGCCAUUGUCCUCCUGUCCAUCAUGGGAAUCACACUGGAGGAGAUCGAGAUCAACGCGUCCCUCCCGAUCAACCCAACCAUCAUCCGCAUCAUGCGGGUGCUCAGGAUAGCCCGAGUGCUGAAGCUACUGAAGAUGGCCACGGGGAUGCGCGCGCUCCUGGACACAGUGGUACAGGCCUUGCCCCAGGUGGGGAACCUGGGGUUGCUCUUCAUGCUUCUGUUCUUCAUCUAUGCGGCCCUUGGUGUUGAGCUCUUCGGCAAGUUGGAAUGCAAUGAUGACAACCCUUGUGAAGGCCUGAGCCGACAUGCCACUUUCGAAAACUUCGGCAUGGCCUUCUUGACCCUCUUCAGGGUCUCUACAGGUGACAACUGGAACGGCAUCAUGAAGGACACUCUGCGGGAGUGCAGGAGCGAGGACAGGCACUGCCUGAGCUACCUGCCACUCAUCUCGCCCCUGUACUUCGUCACCUUCGUGCUGAUUGCACAGUUCGUGCUGGUCAACGUGGUGGUGGCCGUGCUAAUGAAGCACCUAGAGGAGAGCAACAAGGAGGCCAAGGAGGACGCUGAGAUGGAUGCUGAGAUCGAGCUGGAGAUGACCCAGCGCCUCAAUGCCAACGCAGCUGCUGCCACCCUGGGGCCUGACAGUCAGGAUGGGUACUCUGUGCCGCACCCAGACUCACCGACACAGGAUGAGGCUCUGCAGUGUGCGGGGGAGAAUCUGCUGUCCGUGCGGAAAGCAUGUGUGUCCAGGAUGCACUCGCUACCCAACGACAGCUACAUGUUCCGUCCGGUGAGGCCGGCCAACGCCCCCUUCCCCCUGUCAGAGGUGGAGUCCUGUGAUGGGAGUCUUCACCUAGGUUCUGUCACGUCCGUUAGUUCCCAGCCCUCCAGGGGGAGCUCCCAGCUGUGUGUCCCGGGAUCGUCCCCUCACGCCAGCCCUACCUCCCUGUACGACAACAGCAGCCUUCCCAGAAUUCCACCUCCACGGCUUACAUCCUGCUCCGGCGCAAAGAGACCUCUACGCAGACAGGAAGCAAUCAAUAGUGACUGCAUUGAGGUACAGAGCUUCGACUCGAGAGACAACCUGGAGCGGCAGUCCUGCGAGAGCCUGCAGCAGAUGGCCCCUAUGCUACAUGGCACCUCCUACUCGCGGGAGGGAGGCUCAGCCGCAGCGUCCCCUGAAUGCUCACCGCCGCCAGCCUCUCGCACCCGUGCGGCAAGCGGGCAGACACGCUGGCAGGUGUACGGUCAGCACAGCGGUGCAGGCAGGCCGGGCAGUGGCCCUGCUGAAGGCGCUGGUCCUGAAGACUCCACGUUAGAGUUGGUUGACCCCGCAGACGAGGAGGUCCGGCACAUCAACAGCUCAGCCGCGGGCUGGGCAGGUGGGCCGCUGGAUGCCCGCAGUCAGUCCCUGUCUCCUUACAGCUCUCCCAGCAAUGAGAUUCCCGUCCCACUGAAGAACUGUAGCAGUGCCACAGACCUGCAGUCUGCCAGUGCCAGGGAAAAGGACCUAAAGAAGUUCUACAGUGUGGACACUGAGGGCUUCCUGGCCCGGCCCUCCUGGGCUGAUGAUGGCCGCCGGCACUCCAUCGAGAUCUGCCCUUCAUUCGAUGAGGGCCUGUUCUCUCAGUCAGAGAGGCGGUCCUCCCUGCAAAGCCAGUCGGGCUCCUCCGAGUGCCUCCCCAUCCAGAGAAAGAAGAAGAUGAGCCCACCCUGCAUCUCCGUCGAGCCACCUGUGGAGACGGAGCUCCUCACUCCCGCGGCUUCCCGAAACACGAGCUCCGAAACAAGCAUGCUGCUGCGAAGGAGGACGCCCUCCUUCGAGUCGCCCCUGCAACGUGACUCCCUGGACCUGCUGGAGCCCCAAAUCGUUGUGGAAGCCCCGCCCAAAGUGGAGAGGCACCUGCCCAUCCCACGGAUCUCUUUCGACCAAUCGGACUUGAGCUCCAUGAGCAGCAUGUCGGACAUCCUGUCGGACAGCGACCAGUCCGUGCACUCGUUUGACGCCAGGCAGGAGGGAGGUGCUCAUGUGAGGAUGGAACACCUCCAGGUCCCAGGAAGCAGGGGCAUGGACAACAGCAGGCAGACCCGGGGUCAUAUGUCCAAGACCCCCUCUAGUAGGAAGAGGGGGCUAGUCCGCAUGGCAAGCACAAGGGACGAGGACGAGCCAGUGGCGUAGCCAAAGCCUUUCAGGGGUGACCUGUGCAACUCCAGUCACUGGGGCUCAAGAGCCGGGUUUACAACAUGGGAUAUGCAAUUUCAGUCUUUCUUAUGGAACUUGGGAUCAGGACUCAAUCACAUUGAUUUGGGUUCAAGUGUCUACUGUGUUUAAUACCAUGGAUUUCUUUGACGUCUACUUUCUAACUGGCACUGUAUUGUGCGACCGCACAGUAUGCUAAGGUGCAUCAUUAGAUAAGGUAUGUACAUUUUGUGCUGUAAAUAGAGGGAAAUAAUGUAUCUGUGCAGAAAAUAUGUAUUCAUAUGCACAUAUUUUUAUAGAGCUGAGUAACGUUUUGCACACCUUAAUUUGAAUUCCAAGUUGGUUAGUGUUCCGUUGUCCUCUUGAAUUCGUACAGUUUUCAUUUUGACGACGGCUUGUUCAAAUGUAGUAUGCUUACACAACCUACUGACACUAAAGCUUAUUUUUAUUAUUUUUUCUACUUGGGGUAGAAAUAUAAAUUGUUUAUAUUAACUGAAUCCAACAAGAACCAGACUACUAUUGAGGUUUAGCCUUUGUGCAAUAAUCACGGUUCAAAGUUGGAUUUGCUAGGAUAAAUUUAUUGAGAGGAUAGCUUAACAUUAUCGUCUGCUCUGAUUUAAUGGAAUAAUGACCAAUUUUAAAAGGACUGCUAUUGUUGUGAUGAUUUAAAUAAUGCAUAUACUGCGCAUUUUUUUUUGUUUUAAUUGUGCAUUUGACAAGCAAUUAGUUGCAGUGAUAUGAGCUGAACUCCUAACUCCCUGUACAAGCUGGUCGCACCCAAUGAGAAUCCACGUACUGUCAAAUACCGCGGUACAUACUGCAAUCUGAGAUGGAGAUAUAGGUUUGUGUAAGGACAAAAUCUCAAGAUUAAAGGGCUGUUUGAUUUUAAUUAGUAUGUUUUAGCAGUAAGAAAAGAGUACAGAAAAAUUUAGUAUUUUAGCCAACAGCACUCUGUUUAAAAUGAAACAUGGUUUCUUGGACACCCAACCAAAAAUCAAUAAAUAAAUAAAAUUGCUUUUACAUUUCA